AUGUUACCCUAAUCAGAAUCAAAUCUAUAAGAACAGGAAAAAAAUAAUUAUAAUGGAUAUUUCUAAUAAAAUAUGCGAGUUUCACAAAUUUAAGAGUAGAAUAAUACAUAGACAAGAUCAAGAUUCUAACCAACUAUUUCUUAACCUUUGUCUUAUAGUUUACGUAGAAAAACAGACUAUCCUUAAUAAUAUAUGAAUUCUAAUUCUUAAGCUUAAUAAUUAGCUCCAACAUAGGAUAAUUAACAGUAAUUAAAAGAGAAAGAUUUUUAAGAAGCAUAUGAUGAUGAUGAUUAAAUAGAAGGCAAUUUGAUAUUAGCUAAGAAAGAUUUUAAAGCGUUUGACUUAAAUAAAGAACUUAUUUGUGAGAUUAAGACAUUGCAUAAGAUGAUUAAAUUAUCAGAAACAAAAAUCUAGUAGUUGCCUGGAAUGAUUAGUAUAAAAAAAGAAGAUCAAACAAAUGAUUAAGACCUUAAUAGAGUAGGAGUAGAUUUAGUAAUAUAUUUGAAUUUAUAAUAGAUUUGUUUAAUUGAUAGAAGCUCGAGUAUGAGAGGGUAAAAAAUGGAGACAGUAAAAUCAAGUUUAAAAGUUCUAUUAAAAUAUCUAACCGAAAAAGAUCGUUUAUAACUAAUUACCUUUAACGAUAAUGCUCACAGAUUAACCCCAUUAAGAAGAACAACAGAAAAUAACAAAAAGUAAUUUAUAACAAUUGUUGAUAAAAUUUAUGCUUAAGGAGGAACACAAAUAGCCUCAGCAACUGAGAUUGCAUUUCAAUAACUAAAAGGGAGGAAAUAUAAAAAUAAUGUAAGCUCUAUCUUUUUACUUUCUGAUGGUCAAGAUAAUUCUGCCACUUAAUCAAUAUAGAAAUAAUUACAAUCAAUUGAUGAAGAAUUUACUAUCCAUUCGUUUGGAUUUGGUGAGGAUCAUGAUGCAGCUAUGAUGACAUCUAUUUGUAAUUUGAAACAUGGAAGCUUUUAUUUUGUGUAGAAUAUAUAUUUAUUGGAUGAAUUUUUUUUAGAUGCUUUAGGGGGUUUGAAAUCAGUUGUGGGGGAGAAAUUAUAAGUUAAAGUUAAUUUAAGACCCCCUGAAAUCUUAAAAGAUUUAAAGAUAUCUAAGACUUAUGGAAAUAUGUGGAUAAAUAAGGAGAGUCAUUAUGAGAUUGAUCUUCCUGUAUUGAUUGAAGGAUAAAGAAAAGAUUUUGUAUUUGAAUUGGAAUUACCUUGUUCAAAUGCAUAAAUCUAAGAUAAUCAAAGAAAUCCUUAGAUUAUGGAAGUUCAGCUAUAAAUUACUGAUCCAUUAACGAAAGAUAAAAUUUAGAAAUUUGCAAGUCUUGCUUUGACUAUAUUUCAUCAAGAUGAACAAAUAAAUUAAAAUGAAGAAGAUAUAGAAGUUCUUACAUAAUACAAUAGAGUGAUAGCAGCUUAGGUAAUUGAUGAUGCAAGAAAGUCCUGCUAAUAAGAAAAAUACUAAGAAGCUCAAAAUAAAUUAGAUGAUGUUUUAAUAAAAUUUCAAGCAAAUCAACAAUUCUCUUCUUAAAAUCCUUAACUUAUUUAAGAUUUAUAAUAAGCAAAAUAAGCAUCUCAAAAAUAAACCUUUAGCACAUAUGGUUAUGGAUAAAUGAUAUAAUUGAGUAGCAAUAGUUAUUAAUAACAAGGGGUCAAUUCAAUUUUCUCAUCUAAUGGAUAGCAGUAAUAAUAAAAUUUAAGAUUAUCAUCUUUUUCUAACAGAUUGUAAACUUCAAUGGUAAAUUAACUGUAAUUACGGAAAACUUAAGAGAAAUAAGAAUUAUGA